AUGCUAAAAUUUUUAUUCAGAAAAAAUACGAUAAAAAAAUUUUCUACAACAAAAAACGGGUUUAAUAUAAAUAAUUUCGUUUUGUACAAUGGAAACGAUUAUAUGGUUAUCGAAAAAGAAUAUGGAAUGUCUACAUUUGGGCGAAAUGAGAAAAAAAAAAGUGUAAUAAAAAAUUUACAUUUAUUAAAUAAUGAAAAUACAAACAAUUUUGAAAUUGUAUAUAAAUUACACAGUAGUAUUGGAGGUUGCUUGUUAAUUUGUAAAAAUAAAUUUAUUAAAAAGCAUUUUUAUAAAAAUAUAUUUAUAACUUUAGUUUAUGGAAAAAUAAAAGAAAAAUGUAACACACAUAAUGAAAUAAAAAUGUAUUUAAAAUAUAUUCCAAAUUCAAAUAUUAUGAUACCAGAUUGUGAAAAUAGUAAAAAUUUUCAAAUGUUAACUUAUGAAGUAAUUAGUAACACAAUUAUGUUAAACAAACAAAAUUUUAGUUUGUUAAAAAUAUAUAUAAAUGCAAAUAAUUCAAAAUAUAUAAAACCUUUAUUAUUUUACUCAUUGAAUACAUGCAUAGUUGGUGAUAAUGAAUAUAUAAAUGUCCAAAAAAAAUUAAAAUUCAACUCUAAUUUUUUUUAUGAUUUUGCUGAAAAAAAAAACAAAAAUUAUAACCUUGAAUAUGAAAAUAAAAUGUUAUUAAAAAAUUUACAUAAAUAUAAUAAAGAAUUAAAACUCCAUCUUUGUUGUUUUAAUGUUACAUUUGAAUCACAUUGUAAUAAAUUAAUUUCAAUAUUUUGUCAACUUCCUAAACAUAUAAAAGACACAUUAGAUUUAUUUGGAGCAUCGAGUUUGAUUAAAUUUUUUGAUACCCAAAUAAAAAAUAAAAAAAAUUUUAUUAAUGUUAUAAAUGAGGCAGUGGAAAAUUCAACUAUUAUAGAAAAAGAAGAAAUUGUAAAAAAUAAAAUUCUACAAAUUAAUAAAAAUAUUAAUAUAGAAGAAAAUAAUAAAUUUUAUGAUUCUAUGAAAGAUCAAAAUAGAUUAAAUGAAGAAUUCUUAAAAGAAAUAUAUGAAAAAAAUGAUAUUAAUAAAAGAGGAGGUCGAAAAAAACCGAGAAGGGGAAUAUUAGCAAAAAAAACUAGUAAACUAACUAUUUAUGAUGCCCCUAUUCAUUUCACUGAUAUUUAA